AUGCUCAUUUCUUUAAAUUCAACUUUUUUAAAAUGUAUCAGACGGAAUUUCUUAACACUUAAUGGCGUUUUGUACGCAAAAAGAACGUGGCAAACAAAUAUGAAAAGGAAAACAUACAGAUCAAAAAAGAGGAAAAAGUUUAUAAGAUUGGGAGAAACACUUAUUAGGAUUCAAUAA